AUGCCAACCGAGAUGUGUGCUUCCUGGUUACAUUCCAGACAAAAUACAAAACUUGCCGAGGAUAUCCUCAAUCAUUUUGUGAUCUCAAUUCCCCCCUCCUUGCAGUCCUCUGUUGAGUCUCCCCUCCCCAGCUUCCAAGAUGCCCUCAGUCAACCAGAUGGAAGUUAUCAACUUCCUAAAGUUGUACCAAAAGACAUGACUGUAACUUCGAGACUGUCCACUCUUGCUGCAGAAAAUGGUGGUGAUAGAGCAGUCCCACAAUGUACAGUCGAGAGGCCUUGGGAUGCUUUGGAUAAACCAAAUCCGGUAUUUUCAUCUUUGGACCCCUCUCCUGGGGCAUCUCAGAAGAAUAGUAACAAUCUUCAAGUUGAUCGCCUUUCGCUCUUCUUGAAAAGUCCUGACCAGAAUGGUGUUCAGCCGUACAUUGAGAAUCACAAAUCACCAUCAGAAUUUUUUGAAAGUUCCAUUCAACAGAUUCUUAUUGAGAAUGACGAGUCUGACAUCAACCCUGUUCUGACGUCUCCUGAAAACUCUGAAGAACCUUUGGAUCAAAUAUUUGAUCAUGAAGUCCUUCACAGGUCUGCAGCUGCAUUUUCCUUGCAGCAGAGUUAUUUUUCAGAUUGCACUUUCUCUAGUGGACGAUCAACACUUAAACCUGUGGCUAUCCCACGGCCACGACCAUCAAAUCCAUCUCCAUACAACACCACCCUCAUGUCACCAUCUGUAUAUGCCAUGCUUAAUUACACAAAUGUUACUCAGUUUGAAGCGUCAGAUCAAAUCACUGAAACAGAAGAAGGAUCUCCUAAUUUAGAUGCUGUUCCAUUAAAAGAACAAACUUCUCCCACCAAAAAAGUGUUCAAGAAGAAAAAACCCACAAUUGUGAAACUGGGAUCUCCAGACAAUUCUGUGACAAAAGAGAGUCGAACCAAAGAGCGGAAGCCACGCAAGAGGGCCUCCACUGUCGACAAUUCUGCUGAGGAGGAUAAGUCUGACAGACCCCAGAGGAGAAUGGCAAGUGUUUCAGUUAUGGAAGCUUCUGGCGAUUCAUCAGAACCACAAGACUCUUCUGGUGAUUUAAAAUCUACAGCUCCACAAAGUACAGAUACUUCACCUGCUUCUGAGGAGAGUUAUAACCUUGAGAGUUCAAACUGUUGUUCGUUCGUUGAGAAAAAUUGUCAUCAUCAAAGAGCAGAGAAGCCCAUAUUUGAAGCUCUUCAAAUAAUCUUUGUGUUGCUUUGA